CGUAAAUACUGAAACAAACGUCCGCCGCCACUGCACCGCCACAGCGCGCCCGCGCCGGUUCAAGGACUCUACGUGACCACCUCCAAGUGCUAGCAUAAAGAACCUCCUCUGUCACGUACCCAACCACCUGAUUUGUGUAUUAUUUUUUUAUCUGAGCUCUUUCACCUUCAACGUAAAUAUCUUAUCUCAGCUCAGCUUCCGAUACAACUGUUGUUCGACGUUAGUGAACGUAUCGGUCAAUCUUUGAGUGAAACGUUAAGAUGAACUUUGACAAAUAUUUAAGAUGAAGACUCGAGAUCGACGAGCUAAGCAGGAUUUCCGGGGGAAACAGGAAAAGAAGGGAGGGAAGGAGAUAUCGCGAAGUGGGAAGAGACAACACGCAGCAGAGACAGCUGCUGAGGAACGUGAGAGGAAGAAGAGGUCGGGAAUAGAGGCAGUGAAGCUACACCUGCAGGUGACCGGCGACCCCGGGCGGACGUCACGAUCUGCUACAACAGUUCGUAAAACGAGCAUCCGAAUGACUGCGAUAAAGGAAUAUCCCUUCGACUUGAGCGAUUUGAACAGCCAGCCGAGUGUCGGCGGCGAACCUCGGCCUGCGCCCGCGCAAGCGCCACCAGCGCCGCAACCCCCGCCCGCCAUCCACCCGCGGGUCUCGCUACCCAACCUAGACGGAAAGAGGAAAGUCUCCAUCAUGGCCGACGAGUCCAGCAAAGACAGAGAAAAUUUACCAUCGAACAAUCAAUUUGACAGGAAUGGAAGCAUAUCAGCAAAAGCGGAAGGGCCUUCGCGCCGCAAAAGCAACCUUCACAAUGCCAUGGCAGCAGACAUGGACUCCUCUUGGGAUCGACAGGCACACAUCGAGGGCAGAUUUAAAAAGUACUCCACGACUUCCUCCGUUUACUCGAAGAAGGCUCUAUCACAGCAAAGCGAAUACAUCGAAAGAUCUUGGUGGUACGCCUGUUGCCAAAAGUGUCAUACGGAGGACUCCGGCAUUCCCUCGUGGGAACCACCGAACUGGCAGAAGGUCUGCCCUUACCCACUAUGCCCUUCAUACCGGCAGUUCGCACAGAACAUCGCUGUAUUAAUCAUUGGAAUCUUGGUAUGGGUUACGGUAUGGAUCAUAAUGGGCGACACGGCCGCGCCCGGUGGCCAGCUGUUCUCCUUCGCCGUGCUCACCAUCGUCGCGUACUUCGGAGGCUGGCUCAUGCUAAAGAUCACAACGCUACCCUCCCUUAUAGGAAUGCUUAUAGUGGGAAUCAUUAUGAAAAACAUCGGUUUCGUCAACUUUGACGAAACCUAUCAACAUGUCGCCUCGUAUAUCAGAAAAAUUGCACUGACGAUCAUCCUAACGCGAGCCGGUUUGGACUUGGACCCCAACGCUAUGAAGAAGUACUUCUUCACCGUGAUCAAGCUGGCUCUGGUACCCUGGACCUUCGAGUGUGUACUCUGUGCCAUUAUGGCUUACUUUUUCCUGGGACUACCCUGGGACUGGGCUUUCCUUCUAUCGUCCAUCGUCGCCGCCGUGUCUCCAGCCGUGAUCGUGCCGUGCCUGUUCCGUCUCCGUGAGAAGGGUUACGGAGUGUCUAAGGGCAUCCCGACUCUCGUGCUUGCUGUCUCCGGUGUGGAUGAUGCUGCCAGUGUCGCCAUCUUUGGCAUCGUCUCAUCCAUUAUGUUCUCAAACGCUUCGCUCACCAUGAAUGUUAUUCAAGGUCCUCUGAGUAUAAUAGGCGGCAUCGUGCUGGGCGUUGUUUGUGGAUACCUAGUGAAGUUCGUGCCAGAGCGUAACGACGCGUUCCUGGUGCCUCUGCGAGUGCUGCUGCUGCUGGCUGGUGGCCUCGGCAUGGUGCUUGGCUCUGAGGAGAUCGGCUGGGGUGGCGCUGGACCAUUGGCUGUAAUCGCGUUCGCGUUCGUUGCCUGUAAGAAUUGGACAGAUCUCGGUUGGGAGUUGGAGGACAACCCUGUUGCUACGGCGUUUGAAAUCUUCUGGAUGUUCUUCGAACCCAUGCUUUUCGCGGUUACUGGUGCUCAAGUUGUGAUUGCAGACUUGGCUCCUCACCUAGUACUGGUCGGCGGUGGUAUUCUCGUGGCGUGUGCGGUGUUGCGUGCGAUGGUCACCAGUGCAUCGGCGGUGCGCAGCAACCUCAACAUGAAGGAAAAGAUCUUCGUCGGUCUCGCUUGGAUGGCCAAAGCUACAGUACAGGCUGCUUUAGGCCCAGUUGCUUUGGACGAAGUACGGAAGAUGACCGGUGCGGAACCCGACCCAGUAUUGAUGGGCUACGCUGAGACUGUCGUCACUGUGUGCAUCAUGUCCAUUGUCAUCACCGCUCCCAUCGGCGCCAUUGUGAUCACGUUGACGGGACCUAAACUGCUCUCCAGAACCACUAAGCCACCAGUAUUGGAAGGUUGGCGUCGAUCUCACCGGCCGUCUAUCCGUGACAUAUCGAUCAUCGAUGAGGAGGAGGUGGCGGAGCGCGACGCUGAAGCGGAGGCGGAGGACUCGCGGCCGAGCAGCCCCAAGGGGCGCGUGGCCUCGGCAGCGGCCCACAGCACCCCAGCACCCAUCACAGUGCAGCCCAGUAACCACGCUUGAGUGCAUCAACCCCAAACCUUCUAUAAUCAUAAAUGUCAUUGUAUGCGACCUCAUUCGAAUCGACCUGUUCUUUCUAACGCCAUUAAUAUUAUCUCUUAGAUAGGUUCAUUGAUGUGCGACGCGAGGCCGAUGACAUACGAGUCAUGCAUUCGACGAGUUGCUAGAGAUGUUAAUCACAGCUCAAAAUUACAGGUCCCAUUAAUUUAUUCAUUUGUAGAUUUGCCCGUAGAUGCUUAAGAAUCACCGAGGAGUUUAUACUACUUGUAGGAAUCGAUAUGUUCUUUUUUGUUAAGCAAUUUGUAUACAGUACAUAAAACCUUAUCCUGUGAAAAAAAAGAAUUCCAUAAUGUGCACCUCAUUUUGUAUGUUCUAAUAUUUAUUAUUCCACAUGAAAUAUAUCAAGCAAUGCCCAUAGCUCCGGAAACAUUGUUUCUAACGAUAUUAUUAGGUACUUAGAGGGUUUAGAAUAGGAUUAUUGUAGUUCUAUUAACUUUGAUGUGAUAAAGGUGUAUACUUACUUAAUUAUUUGGUAUCUUAAAAACCUCGCUAGUGAAGAUUAAUUAUAAAAAUAAUUACGAGAAUAUUACCACUGUAAGAACAUAUUUAACUUAUAAGUAUUGUUUGUCUACUAUAUUCCUAGAAGUUUAUUGCAUAGUGGUCAUCAGUAUUGCUAUUAUUUAUGAAAAUCUUUAGUAUAGGUAUCAGAACGGAUAUUUGUUAAUGUUAUUCGGUACAAACAAUUAUUUAACAUAAGGCUCGAUGCAGCAUGUCCACUGCUCAUUGUCAAUAUGUAUUUUAGAUAUAUAAGUAGUCUGUACAUUAUAUGUAAAAACAUUUCUUCAUUUAUAUGUACGUAUUGCAACCACUACGUACUGAUUAGUUUUUUAUUGUACCAUUUGUAAAUAACACCGCGAAAUCACAUUGUUAUGUAAGUACUUUUGUGCAUGAUGAAAUUCAAUUUAGGUAAAGUGAUCUGUGGGACCAAAUUAUUUUAAAUAAUAAAUAAUAACAUAGCAGACAUCGCCUAUCACAAAAGUAUUAACUAUUAUAAGAUCAUUUUCACACAUUGUCACUUUCAACAAAGAAAAAUAUAUUAUGUUGAAUGUUUAGAUAUGACGGAAUUAUGAUAUUCAAAAAAUAUAAUAUUUGAAAAGAUUAUAAACGAAAUUUGAUGAACAAUAUUCAAAAAAGUAUAAAAGCAAUAAAAUAUUACAAAGAUAACUA